AUUUCCAUUUUAAAAUCUUUGAAGGCGAACGCUUCAAUCCACCAAGCGAAUACAAAACCCUAAUUGCGAUUCCAAGCGGUAUAAAAAUCCAGAAGUUCACUUGAUAAUCCACAAUCAUAAUCUCUCUCUCUCUCUCUCAAUCAACAGCAAAGCUCGCUAAGCCUUCUGUAUCGCUCUCCUUAUCUGUCUUUUAUCUUUGUCUUCUGUUUGGUGUUUAUCUUUCUAUCUAAUCCGUCUUCUUGUUUUACAGGAUUUGGUUUCUUGGUUUGUAUUCUUUUUGUUUUGUUAUUCCUUUUUUCUGUUUGUAUUAACAUUAUGGAUGCAGGAUCAGUAAACUCCUCUUCGAACUUGAAAUCACAAUCCAGAUUCCCGCUUCAAGAGCAGAUUCUUCAGAGAAAGAGUUCUAAAGAAAACUUGGAUAGAUUUAUUCCGAAUCGGUCAGCAAUAGAUUGGGACUAUGCACAUUACAUGCUAACUGAAGGUAAGAAAGGUAAAGAGAACCCUUUAGAUUGCUCACCAGCAAGAGAGGCCUACAGAAAGCAACUGGCAGAAACUUUGAACCUGAAUCGGACUCGAAUUCUAGCUUUCAAAAACAAGCCUCCUGCUCCUGUUGAAUUGAUCCCUCAAGAGCACAUUUCCUCAUCUCAGCUUCAGGCUAAACCAACUAAGCCGCGCAGACACAUUCCACAGAGUUCUGAGAGGACAUUGGAUGCUCCAGACCUUGUUGAUGAUUUCUACCUGAACUUACUGGAUUGGGGCAGCAGCAAUGUUCUAGCUAUAGCUCUUGGAAACAGUGUGUAUUUGUGGGAUGCUUCUGAUGGUUCUACCUCAGAACUUGUGACAAUUGAUGAUGAAAUUGGUCCUGUUACCAGUGUCAAUUGGGCUCCUGAUGGACGCCACAUUGCCAUUGGCUUGAACAAUUCUGAGGUCCAGUUGUGGGAUUCUGCCGCUAAUAGACAGCUAAGAACGUUGAAAGGUGGGCACAGAUCAAGAGUUGGGUCACUGGCAUGGAACAACCAUAUCCUCACUACUGGAGGAAUGGAUGGCCAAAUAAUUAAUAAUGAUGUGAGAAUUAGAUCACACAUUGUGGAGACGUAUAGAGGACACCAACAAGAGGUUUGUGGACUUAAAUGGUCAGCUUCUGGCCAACAAUUAGCUAGUGGAGGCAAUGAUAACCUCGUUCACAUAUGGGAUAGAUCCUUGGCAUCAUCAAAUUCAGCUACUCAAUGGCUUCACAGGCUAGAGGACCAUACUUCUGCAGUGAAAGCUCUCGCUUGGUGUCCAUUCCAAGGAAAUUUGCUGGCCACUGGAGGAGGUGGUGGUGAUAGGUGCAUAAAGUUUUGGAAUACACACACCGGUGCCUGCUUGAACUCAUUGGACACUGGCUCUCAAGUCUGUUCUCUAUUGUGGAGCAAGAAUGAGAGAGAGCUGCUUAGCUCUCAUGGAUUUACUCAAAAUCAACUCACACUAUGGAAAUAUCCAUCAAUGGUGAAAAUGGCAGAACUCACUGGCCACACAUCUAGAGUCCUUUUCAUGGCUCAGAGUCCAGAUGGUUGCUCAGUGGCAACAGCAGCAGGCGAUGAAACCCUUAGAUUCUGGAAUGUUUUUGGGAUUCCAGAAGCGGCUAAGCCUGCUCCAAAAGCAAAUACGGAGCCUUUUUCCCAUUUGACUCGCAUCCGGUGAAGAGGAUCAUAUGCCGUGAGGAUAGAAGUUGGACUCGUUCAAGCUCAUGUCUCUCAAUAAAGAAGAAAUCAGAGUUUGAGUGAGUUUCUUUUUCACACCAAACAACUGCCAUGGUUGAAAUAGAAGUUUGGUGUCAAUUGCCUAGUCCUUGAGUAACAUUAGAGAACCCUCCUCCUCCAACAACAAACCAAUUAAUUGGCUCCGGGUGAUACAAUGGGGCUUCAGUACGGCCAGAUUUCAAGUUCUAGUGAAUAUUUAAAAAAAAAAAAUUAAUAAUAUGGUUCUGGAAAAGAUUGGAUGUAUCAUUUUGUUAAUAUUAGAAGCAUUCAGAUUCUUUCUCCGUGGAUGUAGUCACUCUCAUGUGAGGAACCACGUCAAUUUGUAUAUUUUAUUUUACUUGGUAUUUUAUGGUUUAUUGCUUUUA